AUGGGAUGGUACAAUCCUCAGAAAAUAUUGGGUUCUCUGGCCGUUCCAGAGAUGCGGGCUAGCACUUUAGCAGCAAGAGCUCUUUGUCUAGAUCCAAGCUAUACCAAAGUGCCGUGCGUUGGCGGCACAGAAGGGGAGUCCUUGGUGCCACUUUUCUCAAAAGCCGUUGAAUACUUCGAUUUUACUAGGCAUAAUGCUGAAAUGUUAACUGAAACUGUAAGGUCGACAUCCGCAGCAGUAUCUCGAAACGACGGCGACUGCCCCAAAGCGGCGGAGCUGAGUGAGGCACAUGCUCUAGCCGGUUUGGUGACAAAGGUCGCCAACGCUUUACUUUGUAAAGAUGUCCCACGUGUCACGGGGUUCGUUCAGAUGAAUCCCGGACAAAUAAUUUGCUCCUCAAGAUUCAUGGCGAAUACAGUGGAGAUACAGGGAUCUGGAAUAGCGAAGAACCUUGGACUGCCAAUGUUAUCGGAAACAGAGACCACCCUUAUGAAUAUCGCUUUGAACGAUUUGAGUUAUAAGCAGAAGAUGGUGUCGGACUGGUACGGCAAAUAUUGUAGUUCGUCGAGUCGUCUAGACGCCUGUAAAUUACGAUUCUUUACCCCGAAACAUUUUGAGAGGUUCGACGAUUGUGCUUACACCAAUAUGUAG